AUUAUUGGUAUGCAUGUGAGGGUGUUAUAAUGCUCACAGUGGCUCCAAUCUGGCAACCCCGAUCAUUUUCUAUUUUUUUUGGACCAACACUUGGAGGAAUCCGAGGAGUCACACAGGAGCAUCUCAUCUUUCUUCCUCAGCAUCUUUUAUCCUCCCCUCCAUCCUCUUCAUCAUCACUGUCGUGUGUGAGUUCGUCCAACACUCCUCAUGUUUCUGUGAGCUGGAACAAUGGGACUCGGAUCAUCCAGCAGAUCCACUGACAGCCAACACAAUGAAGAAGUCAACUUUGACCACUUCCAGAUACUCAGAGCUAUUGGAAAGGGCAGCUUUGGGAAGGUGUGCAUCGUGCAGAAAAAGGACACUAAGAAGAUGUACGCCAUGAAGUAUAUGAACAAGCUCAAGUGUGUGGAACGGAAUGAAGUGCGCAACGUCUUCAAAGAGCUUCAGAUCAUGCAGAACCUGGAGCACCCGUUCCUGGUGAACUUCUGGUACUCUUUUCAGGAUGAGGAGGACAUGUUCAUGGUGGUUGAUCUUCUGUUAGGAGGAGACCUGCGCUAUCAUCUUCAACAGAAUGUACAUUUUUCCGAGAGCACUGUGAAACUCUACAUCUGUGAACUCGCUUUGGCGCUGAAUUACCUGCGCAACAAACGCAUCAUUCACAGAGACAUCAAGCCUGACAACAUCUUACUGGAUGAACACGGUCACACUCACCUGACUGACUUUAACAUUGCUGCUAUCGUCAAAGACGAUUUAAAAGCCACAUCCAUUGCUGGGACAAAGCCAUACAUGGCUCCGGAGCUUUUCCAGACAUCUGAGGGAACACAUCCAGGUUACUCCUUUGCGGUGGACUGGUGGUCUCUGGGUAUAACAGCCUAUGAGCUGCUGCGUGGACAGAGGCCGUAUAUAAUGCGCUCCAGCACACCAACCUCAGAGAUCCUGCAGGCCUUCCAUAAAGUCCAUCCCUGUUAUCCAGCCGCUUGGUCAGUAGAGAUCAAGUCUCUGUUGCGGAAGCUGCUGUGUGUCGAUGCACAGAAACGUCUCUCGUCUCUCUGUGAGCUGAAGGACACGGAGUGUCUCUCUAACGUAAACUGGGACGCUGUGCUGAGUAAAGACGUCCCACCAGGCUUCAUCCCCAACAGACGGAGACUAAACUGCGACCCCACGUUUGAGCUGGAGGAGAUGAUCCUGGAGUCGAAGCCUCUGCACAAGAAGAAGAAGAGGUUAGCGAGGAAGACGAGGGAUCAGGGCUCUGAUGGAUCUCCACAGAACGGUCAGCUGCAGCAGCGCCUCGACUGCGUACAGCGAGACUUCCUCAUCUUCAACAGAGAGAAGUUGACGAAGGCCAAAGCAGACACGGACUCCAGCGACACGAACCUGACAGAGCAGAACCGAGCUCACGAGGACGGACAGAACAACAACGUCACCAGCGCAGCAGCAUGUUUAUCGAGUUAGAGCUUUUAAUUGUUCACUGAAAAAAAAAUCUCCGAAUGAAAGGAAGCUGAUCAACUCAAUGAGCUCAGGGAGAGAGCGAGAGAGCACCAGAGCAGUCAGUGGAGAAUGUGACGAUUCUCUUUUAACUGAGGAACCGCUGACGUUAAGAUCAGCUCAGAGACACAGAGAGCAGUGAAGAAAUCAUCCCUCCUGCUUUGCUUUUUCUGUCUGUUUAUUUCAUUCAAACCCCAGUGUGCACUCCUAAUUGUAGACGAGGAAGAUGAUGGCUUAUGUAACGUGUGUGUAAAGUCCUGAUUGGGUAAGAGUAGGGUGAGGGGCGGAGUCAGUUCAAAUGUCAUUCAAAAACAUAUCAUACUUCAAUGUAGCUUUUACAAGAGACAGAGGUCUAAAAACCAGCGAGACCCAGCAGAGAAGUUUGUCUUAUUAUCUCAUGUAAAUUCCUGAGUUUCUUUCUGUGUGAUUUUAUUCUGAAGAGUGGCCUUACACGUCAUGCUCCACAAGUCAGGUCUGAAAGUCUGCUUUCAUUUCAUCAUUAUACACAGCUUUAUAUCAAUACAACAACACUGAACAUCUGUGUAACAUCUGCUAGUGUUCUGUCUGUAUACACAGUCUGUUAAAUAACUGAUAAAUGAGGCCUGAAAUCCUUCUGGACACUUCAGAUAAUCCCAAUAAACCUGAUAAGUUUCAUGCAGAAUAAGGAUAGAGAUAGCCUGUAAAUAAGUGUGUGUGUGUGUGUGUGUGUGUGUCUGCAGCUGUGUAGACUAAAGUUCUUGCUGACGCUUGCAGACUUUUAGCCCUGAUGUGUUUUUGCCUUACCUCGAUUCCACAUGCACUUUAGAGAAGAGCUGCAGCCUCAUGGAUUUGUUGCUUGUUGCUGAUCAUCACCCUGUGUUUUACUGCUGGUUUUAACACACCUGCUUUUACUUCUCCGACACACAGGUAAGGUAAUGAGUGAGAACAUCACAGCUGCAGAGAUUUACCUGCUCUGUAUUCAUCAGUAAAACAGACCCCUGAUCAAAUAUCCUCCUGAUACCUUUAGUAUGUUCAGAAUUAAGGACGUCUCGUUAUAUCACUACAAGGGGAAGUGGAUGCGGGUGCGUUAGACGGCGUGUCGGAACACAGACGGCAGCGUAACAGAAGUGGAUUGUGUGUGUGAUGUUCCAUACACUCAGAGCUUUUCAUUUCAGGAAGCACAACAAAGGGAAAUUUCACUAAACGAUUUGUCUCCAUUUCAUCAUUCACUCGUUCAUUACUGUGGUGUGUUUGUCAGGUAUUUAAAGCGAGUGUGAAGAAGAGUGUGUACAUGGGUUACAGCCUCAGUUAUGGAUGAGAACGUCGGAGUUUUGCCAUUAAGCAUUUCUAAAAACUUUUUAAUAAAAUUUUUUGACAAAUCA